AUGGAACCACGACAAGCUCCUAUUAAAUUCGAAUCAUACAUUUACCCAUUUGGUAUAAAUGAAAACCUAACAACACCACCAUUAACUAUUAAGUCAAUAAGAAAACUUAGAGAUGAUGAACAUAAAUUGGAUAUAAGACCUGCGGCAUUUAUCCGAAACACCCCUAUAGUAUAUUACCUUCUUAUCAAUUUAGGAAAAAAAGUUGAGAUACCUUUACUAAAUAAAGUGUUGGUAAAUAAUCACACAACUUAUUCAAUAAAAGGUACUAAAGACGUUUUGCAAGCUAUCAAAAAUGGAGAAUCUAAUCCUGAUUUGGUGGGAAAAGCGCAAAGUAUUGCGAAUAGAUUUGAAUCAUUCCUUUACCCAUUUGUUUCUCAUUUAGUUUGGUUUUUUGCUAAUACAGACUAUGAAGAUAAAAGACCUCCUACGUGGAUCCCAAAUACUCCUAUAGUAUAUUAUUUCCUUAGCAACUUAGGAAAAAAAGUUGAGAUACCUUUAUUAAACAAAGUGUUGGUAAAUAAUCACACAACUUAUUCAAUAAAAGGUACUAAUGACGUUUUGCAAACUAUUGAAAAUGGAAAAUCUAAUCCUGACUUGGUGAAAAAGGCGCAACAAAUCGAAAAUGAAUAA